CUUCCGUUCCAUCACAGCUACAGUUCUAGAAUCUAUCAUCAUGUUUACAGAAAUGAGUCUCAAAAUGUUCUAAAGUGAGAAAUUGAUGGUUCAACACAGAAAAAAACGGCACAGUCUGAGACUGCUGACCAAUGGGUAUUAUAAACUCCAUAAUGACAGAAUGCGAUUUAUCUCUUAUGAGGAGACCCCUGUCAGGAUCUUCAAGAAAAAGCGAAAAAUGCCCGAACUGGGCGAAGUCUUCAUAAAGGGUGAAGUCUGUCGCAACUUCAUUGAUGAAUUCAGCGCGAGUGAUUCACAGAGUCUGGAAACAAGGGCAGUCAUGCUGGCAUCUGAUACACCUCAUUGGUGGAAGGCUUCCCUUCUCGGCAGAUGCUGUACAGUUGUAAGGAAGACGAUUCCUCUUUCCCUCUUCCUCCUGUUUGGUUUUUUUUUCUUUUUAGGCUACAUGUGUGCUAAUAAAUACAUAUCUCAGCAUGAAGAGCACUCACUGCAGCACUCUGAAACACAUAUUUAUGACAUUUUAUUAAAAGAGAUUUACUUAUUGAAACAGAUCAUAAAAGAUUACAGGCUUGAAAACGAGGAUACAGUACACAGAGCUUUGAGUCUUCACAGAGCUGAUGAUAUUGGAAUGGCUGACUACGCACUAAAGUCCUUAGGUGCAAGUGUGCUUACCAGUUCAGAGAAUCAUAAAAUAAGAUACUGCAGUCUGUUUGGCAUCAACUUCUGGUGCAAGAAUAAAGGCCCUGAAACUGUUUUACAGCCAGACAUAUACCCCGGUAACUGUUGGGGAUUUAAAGGUUCUGAAGGGCACCUGGUCAUCUCUCUGCCCUACCCUAUAAGAAUCACCCACGUUACGAUGCAGCAUCUGCCCCGAGUACUCUCUCCCAGCCACAACAUGAAGAGUGCACCAAAAGACUUCGCAGUUUACGGACUGGAGGAAAACAGAAAUGAAGGAAAACAUCUUGGAACAUUCACCUAUGACCAGGACGGCGAACCGAUCCAGACCUUCAAACUACCGGACUGUCCGAGUCGGUUGUUUCGGCUGGUGGAGCUGAGGAUCCUAAGUAAUUGGGGUCACCCUGACUACACUUGUGUGUAUCGUUUCAGGAUACACAGCCAGCCAAGCUGCAAGUAAAUGAAACUGAGCAGGAAAAUCAAAAACUUGUAAACAAUCCAGCAAAAAAAUAAUCCUUGUGUUACAGGGGUUAUUUCCUUGCAACAGUCACCUUUGGUGUGCUCCUCAGUGAUCAAUUUAAAUUGAACUCAUCCAGAUUAUUGUAAGCUUUAACAAUGCCCAUGAUAAAUCAUUUUAUUAAUUAAAAAAUGAAAUGAGGUGAGUUGCAUGGCAGGAUUUUGGGCAUAUUGGGUACAUGAGUUGGUGCAGUACAACAUGACAGAAAGUGUUUGAUCUCCUGGUUGGUUUGCUCAAACCUAGCCUCACCUUCUUGCUUAUAAAUCAGGGGAGAUGAUUAUGGAAGUAUGUAAUCACCUUGCCUCUGUUAUACCUACAUGAUCAUGGAGUAAGAUGAAUGUGUGAGAUGGAGCAGUCUGUCAAUGAAGUUUGUCAUCAAUAAUUAUGAUUUAUCUUUUAAUGCAAAUUCAGUUUGGAUUUAUUUUUUUCUUUUCAAUUCAUUGUAGCUGAUUUUUUAUGUGCUUCAAUUCAAAUCAUUGUAUAUGAAUCUUUAUAUCUGUUGUAUAACAAAUCUUCAUGUAGAGUUGCUUGCUUAUUUAUUUAUUUGUUUGUUUGUUUAUUUAUUUAUUUAUUUAUUUAUUUAUUUAUUGAAUGUCCUUUUUUAUGUAUAUAUUUUUAUAUUUCAUUUAAUUUUUUUAAUUUAAUUUCAAAUACUUUUUUGAAUUGUGACUUUAUUUUGAUUUCUUCUAUACAAGGACAGUCAUAAAGACAGUCAUUUAACUACA